AUGGACUCAAGGGCAACUGCGUGUGACUUAUGCCGGUUGCGCAAAGUUCGAUGUGACAAAAGCGUACCUUGCUUCAACUGUCGACAGUCGUCACAGGACUGCACAUUUACUGGCGCUGGUCAGAAGCCCAAGGUUCCCCGCCAGAGGGUUCAUGUAUCCCUGCAGUACGAGGAGAAGAUUGACCUUUUGGAUAAACGCUUAGCCAAUAUUGAGUCCUUGCUGCUCAAACAACAACAGAGUGCGGCGUCAACACAAUGCUCAUGCUCGGGGCUGACCCCUGAAAAGGCCCCUUUAGAAGUGCCGCUCUCCGUAAAGGAUACGCCUCACGUCGCCACAGAUUAUGAUGCAGGAGAUGAAGCUCCGCCGGUUGAAGGCCCUUCCUCACUGAGAUUCCAGAUGGCAGCAACAAGAAGACUCACAGAAAGUGCGGCCAUUGAGUUGGGUACCUCAUGCUACGUGAAUGCCGUUGCUAGUGCGCAUAGAGUCGUGGGAUCUCAGAGCCCAGCAGGAUCUUCCCAACGACACUUAGCCCAGAAGCCCGUAACUUACCGAAACAUGCCUCUGCCGCCCAUAGCCGCUGUCGUUGGUGUGCUUAGACAACUGAAAGACAACCCUCCCAGCAGUUUCUUUGUUUUGAGGUGUUUUCUCCCAUGUUCGGACUUCAUUGACCUCUGCCGGAACGUCUAUUUCUCCGUCGACGACUAUACUGCCAUUGACUUCAUUAUAGUGAACUCGGGCCUGCAUUCUCUUUUCACAGAGUACUUUUGUCCUCCCAGUGUGGGACAGUCUGAGCCUCGGAAACAGUCUCUCGCCUGGGGGGCAAUGUGCAGGAACGCUCUCACGGCCGCAGUAGCAACGAUAGAUGCCGGUUUAUCUGCAAAAGCCAAAAACGUACAAGCAUUGAUCCUCGGCACAACGCACGCCAUCGAGAUGGCAAAACCGUGGCUGGCAUGGAGGUUGAUCUGCUUCGCAGCGCAGCUUUGCAUGGCUGCAGGCUUCCAUGACGAGAGUCUUAUUGUUGCUGAUGACGAAAGUACGAGAAACGUCAAAGCCUUGUUGUUCUGGCACGUCUACGGGUUGGAAAAGAGUAUUGCCUUGCGCGUGGGCAGAGCCUCCAUGAUUAGAGACUCUGAUAUUGACAUACCCAAGGGGCUCAAUCUGGUCUGUCUACCAAGGCUGUGGGAUAAAGUUGUGCCGUUCUGGGUCAAGAAUGCCUCAAUUCACAGCAAAAUUUACGAUCUGCUCUACAGUCGAAGCGCACAGCUUGUCUCCCAGGAAGACUUAUCCGAGCGAGCAGAUAGCCUGCUUGCUGAUCUCAAGUUGAUAGAGCCCGUUAAUCUGGUAUGUAGGACCGUGGAGCUUGUUACUCAGUUCAAGUAUGAUGAUGGUAACGUACAAUCAGGUCAACUCAAGGAUUUCCUCUGCCAAUGGAGACUACUCCAAACCCCUUUUAUUCCACUCCUGGUGGUAUUUUGCCACAUAGUCGAGACUCAAGAUUCGAGCGACGCGCAACGACUCAAAUGCUUUGCAGACAGCCUUGAGCAGGGGGCCGAUCUAUCACCUUCUGCAAAGGACUUUUAUGACAUUACUCGACAGCUCUAUAUGAUUGCAGAAAAGCACAUCCAGACAAGCAGCGAGCAAGACUGGGCGUCUGUCCCGUCUCUGUCAACCCUGGGGCUGACCCAAUUUUAUCCGGCUAAUGCUAUGGCGGGCAAUUAUCAUUUGGCGGCUGAACACGGGCAGUCUAACCAGGACAUGGAGAUGAUGUUUGGUGGGGAGCAGGUCAUGGGCUUCUUCUAG